AUGGGCGCUCCCGUUGCCAGGCUGGUUGGUGUGUGUGGUUACUGGUGUGUGCGUGACCACGUUCGUUAUGGAGACAGAGGGGAAGAGGAGAUGAAAGGCUAUCUUCAUCUCUAUCUCUGGGCGAAAGGGUGGAACAGUGUACUCCGUAGUUGUGGGGUUAUCAACUUAUCACCCACAGGCUUUCUUCCGGAUGUUGAAGAACUCCGAAAUCAAAAGAUGGAGGUUUCUGCUCAGCGCCUGCGGCAAGAUGCAGAAAUUUUGAAAGGGGAAGUAGAUCAACACACGAUACCCUGUAGUCGCCGACGUGGACUGGGGUGGUAUGGUCCAUCAACGCCCGCAGGCAGUGCUUACUACGUAGAAGUUCGAGUCUUGGAGAUGUAUAGAUCGAUCUUUUAUCGACUCUUUUCGUUGACAGACGUUGAGACGUUGCUGAUGAACCAGCAAGCAUCCAUAUCCUCUCCAAGAACCAACUCUGAGCGGUUUGUGAGGAAGAGAAAUACGACGCAUGGACAACCAAAUAAUCCAAGAGCGGGAAAAGGCUUCUCUUCUGGGGAUGGCCCUGAGAGAUUGGCCUGA